UUUGGAAUUUGGAAUAUGAAGUAAUUAUCCGUCAACAAUCGACUGACUAUCUAUCAACUUGACUGAAUAAGCAAAUUCAAUUGCUCUAUCGAAAAGCUGCGUUAAAAUAGGGACACACGCUCACGCUUUAAGAAUUAACACGUAGUGUCAAUCAGACAGCAACCAUAAAGCGGAAAUAAUGAAAUUAAUGAAGAACAAACAAAUUCAGAGUUGAGUCAAAUUGAAUUCCAUACUUUAACAUGGAGAAUCUCUGCCGUGUUUGUUUAAAAGAAGGAGCCAAUAUAUCAAUAUUUGAGAGCAAAGAUGAAAACAGUGUAUAUACUAAACUCUCUUUAUGUGUUAGGGAAAAGGCGAAGGACCUUGAAGGAUAUCCUCGCAAUAUAUGCAUAGUAUGUUACAGCACCUUGGAGUCUGUAUGCGCUUUCAUCAAAAAAUAUAAGGAGUCACACAAGGUUCUAGAAAGUGGGCUAAUCCCAAUAAAACAUGAGCCCUGCGAGGACAACAAUACCUAUGAUGACAUUAACAAUGACCAAUCAGAUAUUGAAAUAGAAGUAUGUGCACUUAAAACGGAACCCCAAGAUACUACUGAUGUUUUAGGGGAACCUCUGAAGUUGAAAAUUGACAAGUUAAAACAUUUAUCCAUUAAGAGAGUUAUAAAGAAAGAAGAAGAUUCUAUUCCAGAAAAUGAGUGUGUGGAUCUUACAGAAGAGCCUGUGACAAAAAAGAAGACUAAAAGCACCAAAACAGAAACAAGACUAUCAUUGAAAGAAUACAAGCAAAUGACGUUGAAACAGAGAAAAUUAAAGCUAAUGAAAAGACAGAAAGAGAUUGAAGAAAGGAGAAAAAAUAGAAGUAAACAAAUUGAUAAAGAUUCAGAUCCUGCGAAGACUGACGAACCAAAACCACCCAAACUGUGUGAUAUUUGUGGUGACACAUUUCCAACAUCAGACAAACUAUCAUAUCACAAACAGAAAAAACAUGUAGACGUACCUGUUCAAUGUCCAACUUGUAACCGCACAUGUGUAAGCACAUAUUACCUUAACAGGCAUAUUAAGAGAAAGCAUACUGAGAAGAAGGACUUUUUCUGUCAAAUCUGUGGUACAGGAUUUGCUUUUAAAGGGGAGCUGACAAGUCACUAUAAAUCUGUGCAUGUGAAGAAGACGGGACCACCAAGGACUUGGGCAUGCAAGCAUUGUGGGAAGACCUACAAGUGUCCGAAGUCGGUGCUAGUGCAUGAGAGAUCAGUACAUACAGGCGAGCGUCCAGCAGUCUGCGACAUCUGCAACACCAGUUUCACCCACCACGACUACCUAAAAGAACACAUGCGUUUACAUACAGGAGAGACCCCAUUCAAGUGUCCCAUAUGCGGCCGCGGCUACGCGCAGCGCUGUAAUAUGAAGAGCCAUCUCCGCAUUCAUAAGGUGUCGGAGUUGAACCCUGAGGAGCUUAGCAAGCUUAGACCUAACUAUAUAAGGAGGUUGAAGGUAUGAUAAUUUGUAGGUAAUAGAAAGGGGGGCAUUCCAGAAAAGUGUCGGGUACGUGAAGCUAUUUUUUAACACUUCUGAUGAAACUAAAAAGCCAAUAUAUUUGCAUGAUAAUAUUUGGCAACUUAGGUUUAAAUUCAACGCUAAGUAUAUAAUGCAGUAUUCACGCUGACUGAAUAGUAGGUAUUCAGUCAGCGCCCGGCGCAAUCUGAUUUAUCUUCAUACAUACCAAAGAGAAUACAUAGAAGAAAGGGUUAUUGUCAUAGUAAAUUUUGUAGUCACAGUACUUAAAUUUACUGCCAUCCAUCAAAAAAUUUAUAUAUCUUUCACUGAUAUGUGUUAAAAAUGAUAAUACAGAUUUCUGCGGGAUAUUGAUGAUAAUAUAACUGCCAUACUCGUCACGAUCUCGACAAAGUAGACCUUUUCUGGAAUGCCUCAAAGGUUCAAAGUUGGUUACCUAUAUGCAUGGUUUUUACACUUUCGAUUUUGUACCUUGUCAUAAAAAUCAUGAAAUCUAAAUUGCAAGACUUUAAAUAUCAACUUUGUUCUAUUAGUGUCAAGGUUGAAAAUCAAAUGUCAGUCACAAACAAGAUAUACCCGUAAAUUAGUCGUCAUUAUCAGGUUUCUAGGUAGAAACACAUAUUACUAUCAGCAGGACUAUCAGGUCCCCAUUUAAAGAAGGGCAUAUAACCUGAAAUUGCUUUGACUUUUUCUAACAAAUAUGGUUAUAUUUAGAGCUGUAUAAAAUGCGAACCAAAAUUCAAAAUUAUGUUUGCCGAAUUUGGAAGCCUUACACUAUUCUCGUUGGGGAAUCCAUCACUAGUUACUCAUACCUACUCGUUUAUUUUAUGAAAAAAGUUUUCUCGCGAAAGUGGUCUAACGUGCAACUUUUGUGCAUUUGUCGUGUAAACAAAAAAGAAAAACACCAACUUGCUCCCUCCUCAAUAGCUGGGGAGGCGGCGAUGCUAAAUUUAUAGUUACUAGAUAACUCUAGCGUCGUAGAUACCUAUUGGAAUCGAAAGAUUAGAUGACAGGGAGAAAAAAAGGGUAUAUAAUAUUUGUCUACAGAUUUUUAAAGAUGUAAAAAAAACACCAUGUGACUCGAGCGCGUCAGAUAUUGGUAGUGUCAGUCGCGCAACCGCAACAUGUCUCUGAUAACAAGGGUAUGUUAAUCUGCCGGUUUACAUGGCCAGAGUGGUUUACAGAAGGGUAGAACAUUUGGAAAAAAAUAAUUUACUCGAGCGCGUCAGACAUUUUAUCCCCUACAAAAGGGUAUAUUUCAAUAAUCUUGACGAUUUAAGCGAUCCUUAAGCAGAAUCACAAAGUUGCAAAAAAACCGCCAUCUUAAAAUACUCGAGCGUGUCAGAUCAUUAUACAGACAGGUUCAGAUUGAAGUCCCAGUAAUGUAAAACCUUAAUCUGACGAUAAUGUGGAGCACUAUCCUUAAUCUGACGAUUAAAAAAAAAGAUAUUUUUCAAGAUAAUUUUAAAAAUUCCUGUCGUAUAUAUAUUUUUUAUUUUUAAACUUUUUUGUGCCUAAAAAACUGCGUAGAAUGCCGCCACUAAGACCAAAAUCGACCAAUUGAUACCAGAUAUCACAGUUUGAAGUACUUCAAAUUUAGCAUCUUGGGCUGUUAUUAACAAUUGUAUAAUUAUUUCUUUAAAGCGUAUAAUUAAAAUAAUGGCAACGGAAGGCUAUAUUGAGAAAAAAAAUAUUGCAUCAACUAAAACUAUAAAUAAAAAUAAAAAUAUAAGUCAACCUUUAAAUGCAUGAUGGUUUUUUUUUUUGCCCGAAAUUAAUAUGUGUCACGUAAUUGAUAACUGAUUCUGGAAAAAAUAAUAAAUAUAGUUGGUCAAGCAAAUCUUGUCAGUAAAUAAGAACAAAAUAAACUAUACUCAUCCUUUUCUUUUGGGUGCUAGUACUAGUGUAAGACAAAGAUAGUAUGAUUCUCUCUGUCUAUGUUUGAAAUGAGACAGUCCUUUGACAAACUAUAGAAUUAAAACAUCGAUUGUCACAGCUAAAGAAAAAGAGCUGGACGCACUAAACUUCAUAAACAAUUUUUGAGACUCCGGCUUGCGCAAAUCGGCAGUUUUUUUUUAUUUCGUUAUUCUUGCAUUAUUCCCUUCAAAAUAAAAUAAAAAUCGAACGCGCUCGAGUAAGUCAAGGUCGCGAUUUUUUUUGCAACGUGACCCUGCCUCUCGCCUACGGAUAGCUAAAAUCGUCAGUCAGUAAUUAAUCCACCAUAUCUUAAUCUGACGCGCUCGAGUAUUUCAAGGUGGCGAAUUUUUUUUUACUAUUCUGACGGGCUGUCCUGGACUCCCGGCUCGGUUUCAAGGACACAUACUUGGUGGAGGUACUCAACAGGUUGCACGGUAUACCAAAGCAGCAGCACGCAGUUGCAGGGUGCACGGUGAAUCUUAAUCUGACGCGCUCGAGUGACAUCAAAAAUCCCCUCUUGGGCUCCCCAACCACAACCUGUUCGCAAGUAAGUUUUGUAACAGCUAAAAAUAUAAUAAUAUCUAAAACAUGGAUCUUUUAAUAGAUUUAGAUUGUAUUGUUAAGUAUUUGUAUUGUACUAUUGUGUUGUUAGGUUCUAUCUUUUAGUUUAGUACAUAGGUCUUUUUACUACUGAUGUGCCGACGAAAAAUUUCAACAUGGAAAAUUUUCGGAAACUUAAUGUUUUUAUAUGAGGAAAUUUUCCAUUUCUAAAACGAAACUUUCCUUCGUUACCUGUGAAUAUUUCCGAGAACUUUCCAACUUUUUUGUAACCCUUCCGCAACUUGCACAUCUGUAUUAAUUUUUACCAAAAAAAUAAAGUGUUUGAGGUAGAGGUAAAAUUUGAUAUAUCCAAUCAAACGGAUUCGUAUAAUGUUAUGUUCGUCUUUUAAAUAUUUAUCUGAAUAUUACAGGGUACAUCUGUUUAAUAGAAGAUGAGAUGUUAGGAGCCGUUGUAGCGAAAGGCAAUUACCGCAAAAUCGAAAUUUCAAGUACCUAAUAGGUACUACCUAUGCUCUUUUUUUUAGCUAUUUAACAAGAGUAAAGCACAAUUUCACACAGUAUAAAUGAUUGUGAUUUGAUAAAUCCACGACAAAAAAAAAGCAUUUACAGUACAUAUGGUAGUACUUUCUCGCACUAGUGCGUCAAAUAGCACUUUUGGUGCAUAUGUCGAAAGUUUAAAGGUAUGUACUGUAAAACGUUGUACGAUACACAUGCGAAUAGGUAAUUCGCAACUCGUGUCGAUUUAAAACACUCCCUGCGGUCGUGUUUUAAUUUAUCGCCACUCGUUUCGAAUUUCCUCUUUUCCGCACUUGUAUCGUAAAUAACUAUUUUAACGUUUCAGUACCUGCCGAAAAUUGUCAAGUUUAAUAUUAUUUUUUUCUCGAAACCUAUAAAGUAUAAAGAAUUGGCAGGUUACUUUACUACCAGCGGAGCAAGCAUAAAGUGAUAGCAAGACUAAGUGAUUAGUUGUCUACAUCUUCUGAGUUCAUAAGUCGCUCUGUCACUUGUGCUGGCCCAAGUUUUCAGUCCACAAACAAGGCUCAGUUUUGAAAGUUGUUAUUAAUUAGGUAAUUAAUGUAUACAAAUUAAAAGAUAGAGAUGGGAUUGAUGAAACUUAUUAUUACUUUCUUAUAAAUAGGUAUGGAGACAGUUUUGUAAGAAAGUCAUUGUAAUAAAAUUAGCAAUGUGUUGAACGCUUCAGACACCUUAUUUAAUUCAGUCUUCCUAACAGACAUCCUAAGUAGGAUCCUAAAAAAAUUAUUCGUUUUAGUGCAGUCGGACUCUUACUAUACACAAUUACACCUUGGAGAUUUAGAAUUUUGAAUGAAGUAAAAUGUGUGAAGCGCUUUAUUUCUAUGGUGCACUUAUUUUAGUUCUUAUAAACCCCUUAAUUGGUCAAUUACUCUAAUGGCGGUAUUAAAAUUGGAUGCGGAUCAGCACGCCGCUCCAGUGUGCCAGACAUCGCUAUGUGCAUCGCGCUGUCUCGCUUACACACCAGAGCGGCGUACGGCCGUAAAAGCUAUUUUUCUAAUUUGUUAGUAAAAGGGAGUAGGAGGAAUUAUAAAAGCAAUAUUAAUAAGUUAAUACUUCAAAUGCACAAGAUUUGUCUAAAAAUAUCAAUUGUUAUUGUUUUUGGACAAUUAUGUUAAUUCUAUUAUAGUGUUUAAUAUAUGUGCAAUUCAUUGUGUUAAUAUUAAUUGUAUUAUGUUGUGAAUAAAAGAGGAUACACAUUUUUUUAAAUAA